CCAACUAAGUGUGUCAGUCUCCAAAAUGGACCUGAGAGAGUUGGCUGUGAACGCGCUGGCCCAGAAUAAGAGAGCCGCUCUUCUGAUCGGCGGAGCUGGCGUGGCUCUUCUGGGAUUUGGUCUCGGAUAUAAAUACCUGCGAAAGCCAGAAAAAGUUGUUCGUGUAGGCGUAGUGUCGCAGCUCCUCAUUCACCCUCUGAAGUCUGGCAAAGCGGUGUCUGUGGCUCUCGCCGAGUGCCAGAAAUUCGGGCUGAAGUUCGGAGAGCUGCAGGAUCGACACUGGCUGGUGGUCACAGAGGACGGUCACAUGGUGACGGGCAGACAGGAGCCUCGUCUGGUGUUGGUGUCUCUGACCUGCGAGGGAGGUCAUGUUUGUCUGAACGGCCCAAACAUGGAGCAGCUUCGAUUCCCCAUCAAAGAGUCCAACAACCGCAUCAUCAACUGCAGAGUGUUCGGAGAUGACAUUCAGGGGCGGGACUGCGGCGAGGAAGCGUCUUGCUGGCUCACUCGUUAUCUGGGGGAAGAGAAAACCUUUCGCUUGGUGCACUUUGAACCCCACAUGAAGGCGAGGAGGCCGGUGGAGAGCCAGCCAAUUUUCCCGCAGUAUGAGGUGGCCUACCCGGAUUGCGGACCUGUGAUGCUGCUGUCCGAGUCCUCCAUCAAGGAUCUCAGCAGCAAGCUGGAGAAGGACGUCACGGUGGAGCGUUUCCGCCCAAACAUCGUCAUAAGUGACUGCGAAGCGUUCGAGGAGGAUUCAUGGGAGGAGAUCCAGAUUGGCAGCGUGAGACUGCAGCGUGUAAUGUCAUGUGGACGAUGCAUUUUCACCACAGUUGACCCUGAAACAGGUGUAAUAUCCAGAAAAGAGCCCCUGGAAACACUGAAAAGUUAUCGUAUGUGCAAACCGUCCGAGAAGCACAUCUACAAGUCGUCGCCGUUGUUUGGACAGCUGCACACCGUGAAGAAGACGGGCAUCCUGCAGGUCGGCGACGUGGUGUACAAGAUCAGCCGUUGAUUGAGUCCUUCUCUGAAAACGUGCUGACAAAUAUUUGGUGAUUUUUUUUGAAAGGAGGAAGGAGCCUUAAUCAAUCUGCUAGUCCACGCUAAAGAAAGCACUUAAAGACUUGUAGUACACAUAAAUAAUGAAGAACACUAAGAUUGUAAAAAGCACUAACAUGUAAUGAACAAUGUCACCAUUUUUUUAAAUGUUGCUGUGAUUCACUGAGAGACCAAUCUACUGAGAUUACAUGCAGUUCACAAUAUAACGAUAAUCAACAGUUUUUAUGGUUGAUUGGCUUGUGGUGCCAUUGGGCUGCAUCUACGUCACAUGAGCUGCUGCGUAACACUAAAGGUGCCUGAAUUAAACACAUUUCUGAGAGCUGCUCGUUGAGUUCACUGGUGAUUAAAUCCUGAAAGUAAAUGCUGCUCUUGAACUAAUCUGGGGAGGGUAUCACAACAACUGAUUAUAAUCUUCAAGGCAAAAAUGGCUAAAAAAAACAACAUUUAAGAUUUUUUUUCAAAUUCUAAACGUGUCACAACAUCAAUGCAAAGUAUUUUUUGGAAAUAAAUGAUUAACAUAAAAAAA